CCCCCAGCCGGUUCGUCCAGUCAAAGCAGACUCAGACCACAGUAUGGUAGUAGCCACCGUCAACCUCGGUGGCAGGCUUGUCCACAACCGUGCAGUCCGGACUAAACCGAAACAGAAGCAAUUCAACCGACGGGAAUUGCAGUUCGAAGCAGCACGGUGUGCGGUGACUAAUCGGUUCCUCCUCAACCUCGACACACGACUGGACGAGCGAACAACCACCGCCGCGGAAUUGGCGACCGACUUUACCAAUGCUCUCCUCGACGCAGCGCGGACGACCCUGGGGGAGGAACCGCGGAGACGCCGCACGCAGGAGUGGUGUGAGACCCCAGAGACGCGAGCAGCGCUGGAGCAGGCCCUUAGCAAACGUCGGGAAGCGCGCCGGGCGAUGAGGGGCAACUGGACCUUAGCAACGUGGAGGGUUCUCAAAGCAGCGUGUAAGGGAGUAGCUUCAGCAGUCGAAACGGGCAUUUAUGCCCACCUGGACGGAUAUGUGACUGAGCUCGAAGAAAUCUACAAAGAUCGCGACAUGCGAGGACUGUACCAACACCUCAAGAGAUCAGUGGGCCUCAGCGGGAGACAAGCGGGGGGACAGCAGUUCGUCGCGGAUGAGAACGGCGUGUUGCUCCGGAACAGGGACGACAUCCUCCAGCGGUGGGCGAGAUUCUUCAGCACCCUACUCAACACCAAAUCCCCCACCCUGAACCCAGACAUCAUCGAACGAGUGACGCAGCGGCCAGCGACACGUGACGCUCAGCGGUUGGGAGAUGUGCCAGAACUCGAGGAGGUGGCACGGGCAACGAAAGGCUUCAAGAAGUGGAAGGCACCCGGCCAUGACUCCCUCCCUGACGAGUUGCUCAAGAUCGAUGACGACGAACCCUUCGUCCUGGGACACCUCCAUACCAUCCUCGUCAAGUUGUGGAACGGAGGAGAUAUUCCGCGAGAGUGGAAGGAUGCAACCAUCAAGGUGCUGUACAAGAAGGGUGACCGGUCCAACUGUAACAACUACAGGGGGAUUUCGCUACUAUCUCACGUAGGCAAGGUCCCCAUCAAGAUCAUCACCAACCGUCUAAGCGCCUUCUGCGAAGCCAACAACAUCCUCCCGGAGGAACAGUGCGGAUUUCGACCCGGGCGAUCCACCGUCGACAUGCUGUUCGUCGUGCGCCGCCUCCAGGAGCUGGGGCGGAGAAAGAAAAUACCGCUCUACAUGUGCUUCGUCGACUUGAACAAGGCGUAUUAUUCGGUGGACCGAGAGAUGCUAUGGAAGGUGCUGGCCAGGG